UAAGGUGGGAGGCGGGGCGGUUGGGGGGAGAGUGGCUAUUGAUUCGGCACGGUGUUAGGUGGUAAUUUUUCACCGGCUGAACUAGUACAGAAGGAAAGACAGUCAUGGCGAAUAAACAAAUCUAUUACUCAGACAAAUAUUAUGAUGACCAGUACGAGUACAGGCAUGUCAUGUUGCCCAAAGAACUUGCAAAGCAAGUUCCAAAAACUCAUCUUAUGUCUGAAGACGAAUGGCGAAAGCUAGGUGUCCAGCAGUCUCUGGGCUGGGUUCACUACAUGAUGCAUGAGCCAGAACCACAUAUUCUGCUAUUUCGAAGACCACUUUCUAAAGACCAGGAAAAAUAAGUCUUUCUGGAAAUUUCUGGACUUUCUUGUAAAUAUUGUAGUAUUCAGUGAAUACAUUCAAUUGUACAAAUUCAUUCAAACCUGUAUGUGAGCUGUAUUCUAAACAGCAAUAGAGCUCAUUGUGGUACAGUGGGUUUAGACUGCUAAGACAUGUAAAGAAAUACUAGCAGUUGAAAUGAUGUUCACGCUUAAGAAAUUUACAAUACUGUUUACUUUUUUCUUGUUUGGAUACUGUUGUGAAUAAAUUUAUA